CCUGGUUGGGGGGUCAUUCGGUUCACCGGGGGAAACGAGCGAGCAUGGCAGCUUCACGAGCGACGCGCGGGUCUUCUUUCUUAGCCUCGACCCGCUCCUCUUCCUCAUGAGCCGCUGCUGGCGCUCCUCUGUCUUCUUCUCUUCACUUGCGUGCGCGAAAACAACAGCAGCCCAUCCGCUCGAGCCAGCAGCCCCGCAUGGUGGACGCGCGAGCGGAGCAGAGGAGCUCGAGCUGAAGGGAGAGGGAGAGAGAGAGAGCGAGAGAGAGAGAGAGAGGGAGGGAGGGAGGAACCCUGCGAGCUUACCCCCCUCUAACAACAUCCUACUACUCCCAACACCACCCUGAGCGCGAGCACCCGUCCCACCCUACCUACAGCAGAGACCGUGUCGUCUCGCGCUCGCUCGGCCUGACAGGCUGAGUCACCGCUGAAGUGUCUGAAGGGUCGCGAGAGAAAGAGAGAGAGAGAGAGAGGGAGGUGGAGAAGGAGGCUGAGGAAGCAGUAACGCAUCAUUAGAGAGCAGAAGAGAAGGAGAAACAGAGAGAGAAAAAAGAGUGGCAGGGUCAGGACGAGUGACCCCGCAGCAAGAGGACGAGUGCUGGGCUCACCCCCUGACCCUUGAGUUCUGACCCUUGGAACUCAGAGUCAACAUGAAUGACCAGAACGUGGUGAAGGAAGGAUGGGUGCAGAAGAGAGGAGAGUACAUAAAGAACUGGAGGCCACGCUACUUCCUCUUAAAGACUGAUGGCUCCUUCAUCGGCUACAAAGAAAAGCCUCAGGAUGCGGACUUCGCCUACCCCCUCAAUAACUUCUCUGUGGCCAAGUGUCAGUUGAUGAAGACCGAGAGGCCGAAGCCCAACACCUUCAUCAUCAGAUGUUUGCAGUGGACCACUGUGAUCGAGCGCACCUUCCAUGUGGACACACCCGAGGAAAGGGACGAAUGGGUGGAGGCGAUCCAGAUGGUGGCGGACAAGCUAGCCAAACAGGAAGAGGAAGGAAUCCUGUGUAGCCCGACUUCCCAGAUCGAGAUUGUCAAUGAAGAGGAGAUGGACACGUCUAUCAGCCACCAUAAACGAAAGACAAUGAAUGACUUUGACUAUCUGAAGCUCCUGGGUAAAGGCACAUUCGGGAAGGUGAUUCUGGUCAAGGAGAAGGCCAGUGGAACUUAUUAUGCAAUGAAGAUUCUAAAGAAGGAGGUCAUCAUCGCCAAGGAUGAAGUGGCCCACACUCUGACUGAAAGUAGGGUAUUGAAAAACACUAGGCAUCCGUUUUUAACUUCUCUGAAGUACUCCUUUCAAACGAAGGAUCGUUUAUGUUUUGUGAUGGAGUAUGUCAAUGGGGGUGAACUGUUUUUUCAUUUGUCAAGAGAGCGUGUGUUUUCGGAAGACCGGACUCGUUUCUAUGGCGCCGAGAUCGUCUCUGCACUGGACUACUUGCACUCUGCUAAGAUUGUUUACCGUGACCUGAAGCUAGAGAACCUGAUGCUGGACAAAGACGGCCACAUUAAAAUCACCGAUUUCGGCCUGUGUAAGGAGGGCAUCACCGACGCCGCCACCAUGAAGACGUUUUGUGGAACCCCCGAGUAUCUGGCACCCGAGGUAUUGGAGGAUAAUGAUUACGGCAGAGCGGUGGACUGGUGGGGGCUCGGUGUAGUCAUGUAUGAGAUGAUGUGUGGACGACUGCCCUUUUAUAAUCAGGACCAUGAGAAGCUGUUUGAGCUGAUUCUUAUGGAGGAAAUAAAAUUUCCCAGAACACUCUCUGCUGACGCCAAGUCUCUGCUUUCCAGCCUCCUCAUCAAAGACCCCAACAAGAGAUUGGGAGGAGGGCCGGAUGAUGCGAAGGAGAUUAUGAGACACAGCUUCUUCUCUACGUUGGACUGGCAGGACGUGUAUGAUAAAAAGUUGGUUCCCCCGUUUAAGCCCCAGGUAACGUCUGAGACAGACACCCGGUAUUUUGACGAGGAGUUCACAGCCCAAACCAUCACAAUCACCCCUCCUGAGAAGUUCGACGAGGAUGGGAUGGACUCGGCCGACAGUGAAAGGAGACCACAUUUCCCACAAUUCUCAUAUUCAGCCAGCGGGCGAGAGUGAGCUCAUUAAACUGCACCACUGUUCAUCCCAGGCCAUUUAAGGAAAUUACGUAGCCAUGCUAGGAAAAA